AUGCUGGACGACGGGCUUGGGAACGCUUACUCCCGCCGCUCGCUCGUGCUUCCCGAGAGGGAGAUGCUGUUUGCCGAGGAAUGCAGAAGGACGCUAGAUAACAUUGGAGGGAAACGGGAUUCCAGGCUUCUUUUGACGUCCUCUGGUCUGCUGGACUCCAUGUUCAAGCUCUUGACCCAGCGCUCAUCGACGGCCAUGUAUGCGGCGAGGUAUGGUGAUACAAGAAGCCUGUUCGACUCGAUUAUCCCAAAACACUGCCUCCUGCUUGAGAUGGACGAUACUGAUAUAGUCAAGUCUGUUCAUUACCACGGCUUUUACAGGAACGGCAGCUACUUACUCGUCCGUCCGCCACCCCAUAUCCGCAACUCUCGUGACCCCGAAGGACACAGAACAGCAACGGCCGCUGGGCCACAUGAGCACGACUAG